AGCCUCGGACCCCACGAUUUCAUCCGGCCCUGAGUAAAUAUACAAGUCUCCCCUUCCCAGUAAGCCUUUCCCUAGGUGCACGUUAGCGUACUGGCGAAAGAGUUCUCGCGAGGCCAUUAUCGAUCCCUAAUUAAACGAUGAAUGCGCUGCAGAGAAGUGGAUCGGAUUCAAUGGCGCAAAGCCCUAGAUCUCCAACGUCACAAGCGCCGUAUUUAACGGUAUCAGUCACUGAUCCAGCUAAAAUGGGCAAUGGCGUCCAGGCUUAUAUCUCCUACAAAGUUAUCACCAAGACAAAUUUUCCCGAAUAUCAGGGCCCUGAGAAAAUUGUGAUUCGACGAUAUAGUGAUUUUGUUUGGUUACGUGAUCGCCUUUUUGAAAAGUACAAGGGUAUCUUCAUACCUCCUCUUCCAGAGAAGAGCACUGUAGAGAAGUUCAGAUUUAGUGCUGAAUUCAUUGAAAUGAGGCGUCAAGCGUUGGAUGUAUUUGUCAACCGCGUAGCCUCACAUCAUGAGCUUCAGCAGAGUGAGGACUUGAGAACCUUUUUACUGGAGGAUGAACAGACGAUGGAAAGAGAGAGAUCUCAGGAAACUGGCAUUUUCAAGAAGAAGCCAGCAGACUUUAUGCAAAUAUUCAAGGACGUACAAUCUAAAGUGAGUGAUGUUGUUCUGGGAAAGGAAAAACCAGUUGAAGAAUCAAAUCCGGACUACGAGAAACAAAAGAAUUACAUUUUUCAGCUUGAAGAUCACUUAGCUGAAGCUCAGAAGCAUGCAUAUCGCCUUGUGAAGAGACACAGAGAGUUAGGUCAAUCUUUAUCAGACUUUGGUAAGGCAGUCAAACUCCUUGGAACCUGUGAAGGAAAUUCUCUUGGAAAGGCAUUUUCUGAGCUUGGGGCUAAAUCGGAGAUGUUGUCAAUUAAGCUGCAGAGAGAGGCUCACCACCUUUUGAUGAGUUUUGAAGAACCUUUGAAAGAUUAUGUUCGCGCUGUGCAGUCUAUUAAGGCCACAAUAGCAGAGAGAGCAAUCGCUUUCAGGAACCACUGUGAACUGGCUGAAACAAUCAAGUUUAAGGAAAUAGAUCUAAACAAACUCAGGUUGACCCGAUCAGAGAAGUUGGCAGAUGCUGAGCGCGAAUAUGAGCAGCUAAAAGCUGACGGCAAGGAGUUGAAAAGAAAAUUUGAGACAAUUGUGAAGUUAAUGAAUCAAGAGAUUGCUCGAUUUCAAGAACAAAAAACUAUUGAUAUGGGUGUCGCAUUUCAUGAAUUUGCCAAGGGUCAAGCAAACCUAGCAAAAAGUAUAGCCGAAGCGUGGCGAAGCCUUCUUCCCAAGCUUGAAGCUUGCUCCUCCUUUGUACAGAACCCGGAUGCAUAAAAGAAAGGGUCUUGUCAAAGAAGAGCACAUGGAUGUCUUAUGACUUGUGACAUGAUUACAACUCUCGUAGUUGGUUCUGCUGCUCCGAGUUGUGUGAAUUGUGGCAGAUUUUCCAAGUUAAAAAUUGUUGUACAGACCGAAUGCAAAGUGUAGAGAGCUAAAGUUCUAAUCCUCUGGCAUGUUAAGAUCUGAUUAGAUAUUUAUACUUUUCUUUAAUUCAUUUUUGCUUAGUCUUUGACAGAACUUGACUCGUUAGGUGGUGAAAUUAUAUUAUCUUUCGCUGCUUAGUAGUUUUACAAUAAAAUGUUUUGAUUUUGUGAAGGUAAAAAUAAUAUCAUGGCAUAGUUCUGUGAUGGAA